AUGCCGAUGCUGCCCGACCCGGCCUUCCGGGCCAACUGGUCCCAGUGGUCUGGUUCCACAAAGGCAGACCAAGAGCUCCUGCAGAGGCACGGGCGCUGCUUGGAGAGCGCUCAAGUCCGCUCUCGGUACAGAAUCUGCGGUGCGUACGACGGCGCCAACCACAGCUCCGGCCUGGGAGAUGAACCCCUGGCUGUGCAGCUUGACCCGCUCCAGGGGCAGAUGGACGCCCCUCGCCACUUUACGGUGGUGCCACGUAAAGCGCGCGAGUGGGGUUUCUCGCCUUCGGAACAGCGCACUGUCGUCUUGCAGUAUGACGGAGUGGACAGCCCCGCUGCCUGGGCAGCUCAGUUGCACGGAUGUUCAGUUGUGAAUGUGAGCACGAAAGCUGAAGGCGCCGUCCUUUCCUCGACUGACGCGCUAUGUAAACUCCUCACCACUUGCCAUGCACAUCUGUGCGAGCAAGUGCGGAAUCAAAGCCUGGGUGGCCAGAAAAUAAGUGUCCCGUGGUCAUUCGAUUACGUCCACCCACCUGCUCUGCUGUCGCCAGAUGGCACCGUGAAGCUCUUAGCCUGCAUGGAAGGGGCAGCUCCAGCCUGCAGCGAACGCAUUGGCAAGCGCUGGCUCUACAAGCAGGGAUGGGUUGGCAUGCAGGGCUACAGCCUGGCGUUCCCCGUGAAGUCCUUGCUGAAGCAAGCGACCAACGGCACCGCGCUGAGCCUGCUGAAAGAGGUCCACAGCAACUUGACCCAAGAGGAAGGCAAGAGCUUCGAUGAGUACGCUGCGCGGGAGGUCUGGCGACUGCCAGAGCUGUCAGGUGACCUUCUCGCCACACUGGCGGCCCUAGGCGACCAAAUGCCCAAGGACCUGGCAGACGCUAUGCUAAAGAGCCCCUUGGGCACGAUGCCACCCGUGACGCUGCAG